AUGGCGGCCCCAGCGCCCGGCGCCGGGAGGAGCCGCAGCGGCUGCGGCCGGUGCAGGGGCGGGUGAGGCGGCGGCGGAGGAGGCGGAGGCGGCGAUGGUGUCCCAGGCGGUGCAGCUGCUGCGGCAGGGCGUGUGGGCGGCGCUGACCGGCGGCUGGUACCACGACCCGGAGCAGAGCAAAUUCACCAACAGCUGCCACCUCUAUCUGUGGCUCUUCCUGCUGGCGCUGCCGCUCGCGCUGCACCUGGCUUUCCCUCCAAAUGCAGUGACAGUUUUCAUCUACUGUAGUUCUGUGACUGUGUUCUUCACAAUAAUAAAGGUAGUCAGUUAUCGUCUGCACCUUAUGUUUGAUAAAGGAGAAGUAAUUCAACAAAGGAUCUCGCGAAAGAAUGGAAGGCAAAGCAAAGAUAAAGAGACCAAAAGAGAAAAUGCAGUUUACUGCUCAAAUCUUAGCAAUAACAUAGGAGAGAAUGGUACAAUUGAAGAGGUCAAGCAAAAUGACUCGACCCCAACAAUCCAUGGCAGUUCAAGAGUACAGGCUAUAAACUUGCACCACUCUUCUGGAGUCAUGGAGCUGCCAACACAAGAAACUGUUGAAGAUCUCAAAGGGGUAACAAUGUUAGAAGACCAGGCUUCACCACCAGUUUUAUCUACCUCACCCUAUAUCAAAGCGGAUAUGUUACCUAUUUCCACAGCCCAUAUGUCAGAUUCUACCACAUCGGCAAUAGUAGCAAAACCAGCAGCUAUGGAGACAUUUAUCAGUAAUGGAACAAAUGAAAAAGAAGAGAAGCUGCACCCUUCCGCCUACUUUGGAUCAGAAGAUAUUCUCAUGGACAAAGAUCUGGUUAAAAAGUUGUCAAAUCUCUCUCUGUCACAGUAUGACAUUUUAAGAACUGGCAUUUCUUUUGAGCAAUGGGGCAGUGAAAAUUCAGUUAUUAUUUCAGAGCAUUUAAGUAAUCCAAAAAGUUACAAAAGAGAGAAAUUCCCAGAUGGAUCACCCCAUGAAAGCUUUAAUCAUAACUGCCCACAGUGUAAUACAAUUGCAACCAAAGAGACCGAUGGGCCUGUGGAAAUUUCUUUUCAUGUUGAUAACACCAAUGAAGAUCUUGAUUAUUCAGAUGGUGAGGUUGCUAUUGCUCUUGUUGACAGUUCUCUGCCUGGAGACCAACUUAAUUUACAUGAACCCAUUAAAAUAGUUAUUACAAUGAGUAGUACACCAAAUACAAUGAGUGAUUUAGAAGGUUCUCUCCAUCUGAAGGUGUCAGGUACUGAGAAAACUAGCUCAAACCCAGACUCUGGUGUAGCUAUAGCAGAUCUCCACAGUCAAAAAAAUAACGAACAGAUCAAAAUUCCGGUUAUAACUUUUGAAUUGUCUGAUGAUGGUGGAGGUAAUGUUCAUCUGGAAGCCAGUGAAAGUGAAAGAACCCCAGAACGUUUAAAGGUCGAUGCAUCAUCCAACCAGUGUUCUGGCUAUGAGUCUGGUGAUCUGGACAACGCAGUAAAGGACCAUAGCUAUCCUGCAAAUAACCAUUCAGAAACUAACACUCGUUUAGGUCCAAAUCUGGAGAAUGCUUCAGAGAAUUUGCUGGUCACCACUUCCAAUUCUAAAGAAAUUCAACAGAACCUUGAUCCUCUGUCUUAUAAAACUGCCCAUGAAAAGAGACACAUUCGAGUGCUGAGCGUAGACAGUGGGACAGACAUCUUUUUAAGUAAGAAUUCCAUUGAGAUAAUCAGUGAUAAAGAAAAGACCUUGCCAACUUCUAAAUCUGACUUAGAAGCUAAAGAAGGACAAAUACCCAAUGAAUCUAAUUUCCUGGAAUUUGUCUCCCUGCUGGAAUCCAUUAAUACCGCAAAGGUGACAGCGUCAAAUCAGUCCAAUAUCAAAACAGAGACUACAAAAGAUGAUGGGUUUGGUGGAGAUAGCCAUACAACAGAGAGAAAAGAAGAAAUGCUGGAAACAGAAAAGCACUACAAGCAUGUUUCUAAACAGGAAAGAUCAGAUGUACAAAGUCAAGAUUGGGCUAGUGCUAGUCCAGUGCUACCAGAGCCUGCCCAAUUUACAGCACAUUACCAGGGCAACAGGCAAAGGCAGAUAAUCUACCGCGUAACUUCCCAGCAAGAUAGUUCUAUCUUGCAAGUUAUAAGUGGACCUGAGGCUUCAAUGCAAGAUGAAAUAUCUGUGGACGCGAUGCAUGUGUUCAUAGAUGAGCAUGGGGAAAUUAGAUCCUGCUAUUUAAAGGCUGGCAGUCAGAAGGAAGGAAAUACUCGAUAUCAGACAUCAAAUUAUGAUUGUAUUUCUAAUGCUCAUGAAACACAGUUCAGUUCCUCUAGUACUACCACUUCGGAGAGUCAAGAACCAUCUUCAGGAGAUCACGCUGCAAGUGCACUCCAGCAGCAGCUCUUACUGAUGGUGGCACGAAGAACCCUUUCAGAAACACCACGGCAUCUGAGUCAGGACUUUGAGGACUCUUCAUGCUCUUCAGCACAACGAAAAUUUAACAGGCAGUUUUACAAAUUUAUUAUAUUUCCUGGCAAGUGGAUUAAAGUCUGGUAUGAUCGACUUGCCUUGUUGGCAUUACUGGAUCGGACUGAAGCUAUCAAGGAGAAUGUGUUGGCUGUUCUUCUAGUAGUUCUUGUCUCACUUCUUGGGUUCCUAACUCUGAACCAAGGCUUUUGUAAAGACAUUUGGGUCCUCCUGUUCUGUCUUGUCAUGGCCGGUUGCCAAUAUUCCCUUCUAAAGAGUGUUCAGCCUGACCCUGCCUCACCAAUACACGGACACAAUCAAAUCAUAAUGUACAGCAGACCAGUAUAUUUUUGUAUCUUGUGUGGCCUUAUUUUGCUGCUAGAUGCUGGAUCUAAAGACAAAAAUCCUUCGAUUUACACAGUAUAUGGCUUGAAGCUCUUUUCUCCUGGAUCUCUCCAAUCAGCCAGAGACCAUAUAAUAGUGUUUUUGUAUUGCUUCCCUGCAAUUUCUCUUCUUGGCCUUUUCCCUCAAAUCAACACCUUUUGUAUAUAUCUCUUGGAACAAAUAGACAUGUUGCUUUUUGGUGGUUCUGCUGCUACUGGAUUGAUAUCUGCCCUCUACAGUAUUUCUCGAAGCUUUGUAGUUGUGAUUGUACUGUAUGCUUUCUGCUUCAAUGCAGUGAAGGAACCAUGGGAUGCUCAACACAUUCCAGCACUGUUCUCUGCUUUCUGUGGCCUUUUAGUUGCACUUUCUUAUCAUCUUAGCAGGCAAAGCAGUGAUCCAUCUGUACUUAUGUCCCUUAUUCAAUGUAAAUUUUUUCCUCACUUUCUACGUCAAAAUUUGAGAGAUUCAUCAACAGAUGCAUUCCCAGAGAAGAUGAGAGAGUCAGUGAAGGAAAUCUUGAAAUCGGAUCUCAUUGUCUGCACAGUGGCUGCUGUUCUAUCAUUUGCAGUCAGCGCCAGCACUGUGUUUCUGUCAUUAAGGCCAUUUCUCAGCAUUGUGCUGUUUGCUUUAGCAUGGACUGUGGGAUUCGUAACACAUUACAUACUUCCUCAGCUCCGCAAGCAUCAUCCUUGGCUGUGGAUUUCACACCCCAUACUUAAAAACAAAGAAUAUCAUCAGCGGGAAGUGAGAGACACCUCACUUGGCCUCCUCUGUACAAGACCUGGUGCAGCCAUAGGAUGCUGGUUGCAACAAACAUCUAUACGGCCACAGUUUAUGUCAAUAACAUCACAACAUACCUCUGACCAGAACUUCAAAAUGCUGGAAUAUAAUGGUGAGAAGAAUCUCAGACUUUUUCUUCAGCUUAUUGGUGACCGGGCUGCUAGCCCAUCUAAUAUUUAUUUUCAGCUGUGGGAUCUACUGCAAAAAUUACAGUUUGUUAUGACAUACAUUGCUCCCUGGCAGAUUGCGUGGGGAUCUUCAUUUCACGUGUUCGCUCAGCUCUUCUCAAUACCUCACUCUGCUAUGCUUUUUUUUCAAACUCUGGCCACUUCGAUCUUUUCUACACCACUGAGUCCAUUUCUUGGUAGUGUCAUUUUUAUCACAUCAUAUGCCAGACCGGUCAAGUUCUGGGAGAAAAACUACAACACAAAAAGAGUGGACCAUUCCAAUACAAGACUGGCAAUUCAGAUUGAAAAGGACCCAGGAAAUGACGACAAUAAUCUCAACUCCAUUUUUUAUGAGCAUCUAACAAGAUCUUUGCAGGAGUCUCUUUGUGGAGAUUUGAUUCUUGGCCGCUGGGGAAACUACAGCUCAGGAGACUGUUUUAUUCUGGCAUCGGAUUAUUUAAAUGCCUUUGUUCACUUGAUCGAAAUUGGAAAUGGCCUCGUCACUUUCCAGCUCAGAGGGCUCGAAUUUCGAGGGACAUAUUGCCAGCAGAGAGAAGUGGAAGCUAUAACAGAAGGAGAUGAAGACAAUGAAGGCUGCUGCUGCUGUCAGCCAGGUCACUUGCCUCACUUGCUAUCGUGCAACGCAGCCUUUAACCUCCGAUGGCUAACAUGGGAAAUAACUCGAACCCAGUAUAUACUGGAAGGAUAUAGCAUCAUUGAUAACAAUGCCGCCACAAUGCUGCAAGUGUUUGAUCUGCGAAGAAUACUCAUCAGAUAUUACAUAAAGAGUAUAAUAUACUUUACAGCAAAUUCACCCAAAAUCUCACACUGGAUAAAAGAUGAAUCAAUCCAGAAGACACUACAGCCUUAUGCCAAAUGGCAUUACAUUGAACGUGACCUUGCAAUGUUCAACAUUAACAUUGAUGAGGACUAUGUUCCAUGUCUUCAAGGAAUAACCAGAGCUAGCUUCUGCAGUGUUUAUCUUGACUGGAUUCAGUACUGUGCUGGAAAAAGAAGGGAGCAUCUGGAUAGUGAUGAGGAUUCUCCUUUAGUAACUCUCUCCUUUGCCCUGUGUAUUCUGGGUAGAAGAGCUUUGGGAACCGCAGCCCACAAUAUGGCCAUCAGUUUAGAUUCCUUUCUUUAUGGACUCCAUGCUCUGUUCAAAGGAGACUUUCGAAUUACAGCAAAAGAUGAAUGGGUGUUUGCAGACAUGGAUCUAUUGCAUAAGGUGGUCGCUCCAGCAGUCAGAAUGUCCCUGAAGCUACAUCAGGACCAGUUCACCUGUCCAGAUGAGUAUGAGGACCCUGCAGUUCUGUAUGAGGCAAUCCAGUCUUUUGAGGAGAAGAUUGUAAUUUGUCAUGAGGGUGACCCUGCCUGGCGCAGAGCUGUACUCUCUAACAGAGAAGAGCUUCUCACCUUGAGACAUAUAGUGGAUGAAGGGACAGAUGAAUAUAAAGUUAUUAUGCUCCACAAAAGCUACCUGAGCUUCAAAGUUAUCAAGGUAAACAAGGAAUGUGUCAGAGGGCUUUGGGCUGGGCAGCAACAGGAGCUAAUUUUUUUGCGCAAUCGUAAUCCAGAGCGAGGUAGUAUUCAGAACAAUAAACAAGUCUUGAGGAACUUGAUUAACUCUUCAUGUGAUCAGCCACUGGGAUAUCCAAUGUAUGUUUCCCCAUUAACCACAUCGUACAUAGGGACACACAGCCAGCUGAUGAACAUUUGGGGUGGACCUAUCAGUUUGGACAACAUUAAAACAUGGUUCAGAUCCAAGUGGUUAAGAAUGCGGAAGGACUGUCAUGCAAGUCACAACAGUGGAAACAACAUUGAAGAGGUGGAGAGUGGAGGUGGGUCUUCAUCCAGAAACAAUUCCGCAAGUAAUUCAAGCCAGAGUAGUAGCUCACAACACACAAGAAAUGGAACCCCCCAGAUGCAGCCUUCUUCACAAGAUUCCCGUCAAUAUGCAGGCAGAAGAAAAUUCAGGAGUCAGUCUGUUCAGACACAUGCUGCCUUAAACCAGAGGCCACCGGUUUCAAGUCAUUCUGAACCACUUGUAGAAAGUUACCAGCCCAUUAUCCAAGCUUCCACAUCUGCCCAUGAAAUUGUCCAAAGGCUUUCCAGAAGCCAGUUGUCCUUCCACAAUUCAGUCACAUCUGUGUUUUCUCAGACCCCUGCCAUUCCUGCUAGUGGCCAGUUGACUGUCCAGGAUAGAACUGGAGCAAUGCUGAGGUCCAGUCUGGCCUCUUCCACCAGCUCUACUCUCAGCCUUCUGUUUGGCAAGAGAAGUUUUUCAAGUGCUUUGGUGAUUUCUGGGCUCUCGGCUGCUGAUGGAGGAAACACAACUGAUACCCAGUCAUCCAGCAGUGUCAACAUUACCAUGGGUCCAUCUGCUAGAGCUGCAAGCCAAGCAACACGGCAAUUCUCCGAGACUUAUGAAGUGACUGAUGCUACAAAAUCUAGACCGCGAAAAGACCUAGGUCCUGCCCGAGCCAUUUUUGAGCAUCAUAAUCUGGAGUGUAGAAGAGCCAGCCAGGAGGAUAUGGCACUGGAGGAUACAGCUUCUCAACAGAGCCUUUCAGAAGAGCAGUGAAGAAUAUUCCUAGUUCAAGGGCCAGAUGUACUCCUUCAAAGUAAAGAACAACACAUCUAGGUCAGUCAGCUGCAGUUAUUUCAAGUGUAACAACAAACCUCAAAAACGCUUUAUUUUUCUAACUUCGGAGAGAGAAUCCCAUAGUGCAGAUGUUCUUCAGCAAAAAGGCUUGGCAUGUGGGGAUGGAAGGACCUUUACAGAAUUUAAAGAUGUCCUAAAAUGCAGUGCAACUUCAUCUCAGGUUUUUGACAUUUCUAAAACAAUGAAUAAACUCUGCCUGAUAUCCUUCCCCCGCAGCGGUGCUGACACACUUGUGGUGGAAAUCUGGACAUGCUCAAAAAGAAGCAUGCGUGGAAGUGCAAGUGAAAGCAAUAGAAGAUCUUAAUACAACUCGGCGAAAAGCACACAGACAUCUGUUUCCUGCCAUAAUGAAAAAGAGGACUGCAUGUUAAAUAAUUGGCAUUUUAUACAUAAUGCAUCACAAAGAAAAAUUCUGACUAGAAGCAAUGAACAUGUAAUAGGAUAGUACAAUAAACACUAACAUUAGAGCUGAAUCUGCGAAUUUUUAAAGGCAAACCUCAUUCUUCCUUUUCCUUAAAGUGUUACACAGAUGGUAAUUAUGUAUAGCAACAUAUUAAUAUAGGUGAAGAUAUACUGCAUGCAGCCAUGUUGAAAUAUUGUAUGAAAGAGAUAGACUUACACAUUGCAAUAAGGCAAGUUUUGAGAACAAGUAUAGCCAGUGCAUGGAAAGCCUUCACAAAGCAUAUGGUGCUCCUUAUUUGCAAACAAAGCAGUUUUAUAUACAAAACUGCUCUUAUAUGUAAUCUCGCACUCCUGUUCAGUUUACAGGAAUGCAUGCCUAUAUCUGAAGCCAAGAGGCUAAAACAAAUCCUUAAUGUACUAUAGUAUAUACACACACAUGCUCAUAAAUUUUUUUUGUAAUUAAACUAUUUACAACUA